AUUCUGACCAUUGGAUCCGGCGGCCUUGAGCUAGGACCAAUUCGGAAAGGCCCCGACCCUUCUCGAAUUCAGAAACCGAAAGCCAAAGCGUCCUCCUCUUUCCUGAAACCUUGACCAACACGGAGUCGAAGCCUGCCUGCAACACCUUUAUUAAACAUCACAAAUUUUAAUUUCAAACAAUCUUUAAAAAGAAAACACAACAGACCAAAGCCGUCUCAAUUCUCAAAAUUUUCGAUCCAACGUUGAAGAAGUAAAGGGAAUUUUUUUCUAUUUAUGGAUUUUGAGCUAAGGAGCGCGAGAGAGAAGCUUGAAAAAGAACAGAGGGAGAGGAAGGAAAGGGCCAAGUUGAAAUUGGAGAAAGAGAGGAAAGCCAAAGAAGAGGCUAAGAAGCAGCGAGAUGCCAUCGAAGCUGCUCAGAGAUCUAGAAGGCUUGAUGCCAUUGAAGCUCAGCUUAAGGCUGAACAGCAGAUGGGAGAAAGUUUACUUGCAGGAAGCGGAAUAGUUUUCUAUAGAAUCUUAGAAGCUGUACCUGUUCAGGGUAGUGGAGAUAAGAUUAAGUUGCCACCAUCAUGUUUCACAGAAUUGUCUGAUCAAGGUGCAUUUGACAAGGGACCCAUGUACUUUAAAUUGUCAGUGAUUCAUCAAGAGGGUCCGUCGGAGAUUAAUGGUAGUGAAAAGGAAAAUAAUAGGACCACUCACUCAGGUGUUUUGGAAUUCACUGCAGAUGAAAAUUCCAUUGGCCUUCCUCCCCAUGUAUGGAGUAAUUUGUUCCCUGUGGACACUCCAAAGGCUCCAUUGGUUGAGGUUCGAUAUGUUCGACUUUCAAAAGGAACAUAUGCUAAACUUCAACCUGAUGGAAUUGGCUUUUCUGACUUACCCAAUCACAAAGCUAUUCUUGAAACAAGCCUUCGUCAGCAUGCUACUCUUUCUGAAGAUGAUAUUCUCACAGUUAAAUAUGGGGAGUUGACAUACAGGUUACACGUUCUUGAGCUAAAACCCUCUUCAACCAUAUCUGUCUUGGAAACAGAUAUCGAGGUCGAUAUAGUCAACCCAGGUCUUGAUUCAGAGAGGACAAAUCAGUACGUCUUGAAACCACUUGUGUUUGGUACAUCAGACUCUGGAUUUGUUGAGGAAGGAAAUUACAUGUAUUAUAAGUUCUCAAUUGAUGAUAAUAUGUGGGAAAAAAUUGUUUCCAGUGAUGUCAAAAUAGAGGUAAAGAUCGACGCGGACAUGAAUGGUGGAGAUACUGAUCUUUAUGUUUCCAAGCAUCCUCUUAUAUUCCCAAAUCGGCACCAACAUGAAUGGUCUUCUCAUGAUAUUGGUUCGAAGACUUUGAUCCUUAGCUCCAAAGAUAGGAACUUGGGUGCUGGUACUUACAGCCUUGCUGUCUAUGGUUUCAAGGGAACAACCAAGUACCAGGUAUCAGUGCAUGUUCAAGAGAACAGCAAGCAGAGGGUGGGUCAACAAGCUGUGUGCUCAUCUUCAAUGGAGGUGGAUACUGUGGAGUGUCAGAAUUGCAAGCAUUUUAUUCCCAGUAGGAGUAUUGCCCUGCAUGAAGCCUACUGUAGUAGGCACAAUGUUGUUUGUCCACAUGUUGGUUGUGGAAUUGUUCUUAGGAUUGAAGAGGCCAAAAACCAUGUGCAUUGCGACAAAUGUGGGCAAGCUUUUCAACUGGGAGAGAUGGAGAAGCACGUGAAAGUGUUCCAUGAACCACUUAGGUGUCCUUGUGGACUAGUCUUUGAGAAGGAAGACAUGGUGCAACACCAAGCCUCAGAUUGCCCCCUGCGCUUAAUUACAUGUCGGUUUUGCGGUGACAUGGUUCAAGCUGGAAGCUCUGCCAUGGACGUUCGUGACAGAUUAAGAGGACUCUCUGAGCAUGAGAGCGUUUGUGGGUCAAGGACUGCUCCAUGUGAUUCUUGCGGACGAUCUGUAAUGUUGAAAGACAUGGACAUCCACCAGAUAGCCGUUCACCAAAAGAACUAAUGUCAGCGCAACCUCUCAAUUCCAGUACAGUCGAAAGUCAGCACUAUUUUGCAUGGCUUAUGCUAUCGAAGAUCCAAAGAGAAAAUCAACACUGCAGCUGUUGGCAUAUGUGCAGUGAACGGAACAAACAGAUGUGAUUGUUUGUAUUUAUUUUAAGAUUUGUGGGGCAUUAUUGUUUGUACUUGCAGAAAAGGCAGUAUCUUAUAUAAGAUAUUUAUGAUGUGAAUGCUUUCCUUUA